GUACCAGUGGCCAGUGCCCUCCUUCCAGCAGAAGAGACGGUGGAGGUUAGGCGCUCCUGCGCUCUGACAUUUCUAGCGGACUCCAGUUUGGGAAAUUAGUAGAAGAGGAUGCCAAUAUUCCUGGCACUUUCCAUGGUUCUCUUCAGCAAGGUCUUGGCCGGCACUGCUGAUCCGCCCUCUUUCAGGGACACCGGACUCGUCUGUAGAAUCACUAAGCCGGCCGCUCUCCACCUGAACGAGCAAACGUCGCAGGUGAUCCAAGCGGCCUUCCAGCACGCCGACUAUCCAGAUAUCGAAGGGGAGAAGUCCAUGCGCUUUGUGGGCAAGAUUGCCUACGGAUUGACGAACAUCCAUGUCAACAGCCUGUCCAUAGAAAGCAGCAGCGUUGACUUCCGGGAAGAUGAUGCCAUUGCUAUCGAAAUCCAGAACGUCUCGGCCUCCUUCAAAGGAACCUUGACCUAUGGCUUUGUGGGCACCUGGCUGGUGAAACUCCUCCACGCCAUUGAGUUUGAGAUCAAUUCCUCCAUCGACCUCCUGAUAAACACUAAGCUGAGCUGUGACCACGGCCGGGUGGUGGUGGACACCUCCGAUUGCUACCUGACUUUCCACAAGCUGGUCUUGCACCUCCAGGGAGACAAAAACCCUGGAUGGCUCAAACGGCUUUUUACGAAUGUCAUCUCAUUUACCUUGAAGCUGGUUAUGAAAAACCAGGUCUGUAAAGAAAUCAAUGUCAUUGCUCAGAUGCUGGCGGAUCUUUUUCAAGACACAGCUGCCAAUUUCCUGCAAGAUGGAGAUAUUGGUGUGGAUGUCUCUCUGAUAUCAUCUCCAGUUAUCCAAGCAACUUACCUGGAAUCCCAUCAUAAGGGCCUUUUGCUGUAUAAAAAUUAUUCCGCCGUCUUCCGUGACUCUGCAUUCACACCGUCUCUACUGUCCGAGUCUCGAAUGCUCCACUUCUGGUUUUCAGACCACGUCCUCAACUCUCUGGCCUUGGCAGCCUUUCUAGAUCAGCGGCUGGAACUGAUGAUCACCGGGGAAGAAUUACAGGAAAUAUUUGAAAGCGAGGAACUGGAAAUUCACCGGGAGAUUGUGCAAGAGAUUUUCCAGGGCACCCCCUACAAUGACUCCAGAGCGAAAGUCUGGAGCCUGGAGCCUCCUCAGAUUGCCCUCCAGCCCGAAGGCACCGUGGUGAAGUCGUCCGUGGCCGUGGAACUGGUGGUUUCCUCGCAAGGAGAAGAACCCUCGACGGUUUUGUACUUUGAAAAGGACGUAACUGCCUUGAUCCAGGCUUCGUAUGUACAAAAAAGACUGACCUUGCUUCAAUCUCAUGCCAUGAUAGAACCCAGAAGAUUUAAGUUUUCUCCAGAUAUAGCUGUGAAUGAGGAGACUCUGAGGGACAUUUUGGAGAAGAUCAUUACAAUCACUGGGAUUCCCAAAGUGGUUUCAAGAAUUGAAGCAGCUGUAACUUCACUGAUGAACAGCAAAGGACUUCACCGCAGUGAUAUAAUUAAUCCUGAGAUAAUCACCGAAAAGGGAUACUUCAUUGUCCAACUGGACUUUGAUCUCCCCCACCACCUGCUGAGAGAUUUUCUCAAGAGAACUCUAUAGAAGGAUCUUCUCAAGAAGGACAUAUGUGAUCUGGUGGCCCAGGACUGAUGGAGAGCUGUAGAGCAUUUUUGACUGUUUCCCCUGUAACCCUUUACAUGUGUCUCCUCCUGCCAGGACUGGGGUUCCAUAUUUGGGGGUGACGCAGAAAUAGAGCAAAACUUUUAUUUCAACGCUUGCAAUAUCGACUCCUCUGGAAAGUGUGUGAGGACGCCUGAGAGGUGGUUUAUGAAGCGGCAGUUGCACAGCAACAUUAUGGUGUAGGAUGGUGAAGAGAAGAUCAUUUCCUGUCUACAGCUCUGCUGUGCUAGUCUGUAUUGGAAAUAAUCAUACAAGAGUCUUCCCCACACAGAAUUUGUUCCACUGCAAGAACUGGAUUCUGCACUGGAAAUUUCCUUGACAUCUGGACAAUAUUUCUUAAAUCUUUUAAAAUGAGUUCCUGCCCCCUUUUCUCCCCUUCCAAAGCCAAGAUUUUUUUUUUGAACCUCUUUGUACCAGGUGUGGAGUUUAGCGCUAUGUGUGGAGUUUAGCGCUAUAGCACUUCCCUGAUACAACAAUGUCUUCAAGUGGGAGCAUCCUGGUCCGAAGGUUUUUGCCCGACGAGCACUGCGACGUCACUCUGCUGAAAGAAAAUGUUCCAGAACUGCAGUGCGGACAUUGGGACUAAGGCAGUUUAGGUGGUCCCAAAGGAAGCCACCGGCUGGCAGAGGAAGAAGGGUCCGAAGGGAAAAGUGGGGCAGGUGGGAGAAUCAGAGACCAGGUUUUGGAUGUGGAAAAUGGCAAGAUGUCGAAAUGUGGCCCACUGGAGGGAAAAGUCCUCCACUGGAAGGCUCUGAAACCUAGGCCUAGUUUCCUGUUCCGAAGGAAAGCUCCCAGCUGGCACCAGGGCAGGGACAGGAAGCUUGGAUGAAACUAGGCCUAGCACUAAGUCUCAAAGCCUUCCGGUUUGAGCAAUUUAGAGAAGCCGAGAGGGAUGUGUUUGCAAGGUGUCCUUAAGGAAGGUAGAAUUCCCAGUUUGAACCUCCUGGCCUCUGCUGUAUCCUCCCGGGAUAAAGAACAGCCAUUUUCCAACCAGUUUUCAAAAUGUCUUUCGUUUUUCAGAUUUGAACACGGUCUGAUUUUUGUUCCCUGAACGUAAAUUGAAGCUUCCAACUGACUCUA